AUGAGCGGCCUCCGGUUCCUCGAUCUCGUCAAACCCUUCGUCCCUCUCGUCCCCGAGAUCCAGCUCCCUGAGAGCAAGGUGCCCUUCAACAACCGCCUGGUAUGGACGGGUCUGACCCUCCUCGUCUUCCUGGUCAUGAGCCAGAUGCCGCUGUACGGCAUUGUCUCGUCUGACACCUCGGACCCGCUCUACUGGCUGCGUAUGAUGAUGGCGAGUAACAGGGGAACGCUGAUGGAGCUGGGUAUCACCCCCAUCAUCUCCUCGGGCAUGGUCUUCCAGCUCCUCGCCGGCACCCACCUCAUCGACGUCAACCUCGACCUCAAGUCCGACCGUGAGCUCUACCAGACCGCCCAGAAGCUUCUGGCCAUCCUCCUGUCCUUCGGCCAGGCCGUCGUCUAUGUCAUCUCCGGUCUCUACGGACAGCCCUCUGACCUCGGCGCCGGUAUCUGCGUUCUCCUCGUCAUCCAGCUCAUCAUCGCCGGCCUGAUUGUCAUUCUCCUCGACGAGCUGCUGCAGAAGGGCUACGGUCUUGGCAGCGGUAUCUCGCUCUUCAUUGCGACCAACAUCUGCGAGUCGAUCAUGUGGAAGGCCUUCUCCCCCACCACCAUCAACACUGGUCGUGGUCCCGAGUUCGAGGGCGCCAUCAUUGCCCUUGUCCACCUGCUCUUCACCUGGCCCAACAAGACUGUUGCGCUCCGCGAGGCUUUCUACCGCCAGAACCUGCCCAACGUCAUGAACCUGAUCUCGACUGUCAUCGUCUUCGGCGCCGUCAUCUACCUCCAGGGCUUCCGUGUCGAGAUCCCUGUCAAGUCUGCCCGCCAGCGUGGUGUUCGCGGCUCGUACCCCGUCCGCCUGUUCUACACCUCCAACAUGCCUAUUAUGCUGCAGUCGGCUCUUUCCUCCAACGUCUUCCUGAUCAGCCAGAUGCUGUACAGCCGUUUCUCCGACAACCUCCUUGUCCAGCUCCUCGGUGUCUGGGAGCCCAAGGAGGGCUCCGCUCAGCUCUUCGCUACCUCUGGCAUUGCCUACUACAUGUCCCCUCCUCUUAGCAUCACCGAGGCGCUCUCCGACCCCCUCAAAACCGCUGUCUUCAUCGUCUACAUGCUCGUUGCCUGCGCUGUCUUCUCCAAGACCUGGAUCGAGGUCUCUGGCUCGUCCCCCCGCGAUGUCGCUAAGCAACUUAAGGAGCAGGGUCUCGUUAUGGCCGGUCAUCGUGAGGAGUCCAUGUACAAGGAGCUCAAGCGUGUCAUCCCCACUGCUGCCGCUUUCGGUGGUGCUUGCAUUGGUGCUCUCUCCGUUGGUAGCGACCUUCUUGGCGCCCUUGGUAGCGGAACUGGUAUUCUGCUUGCCGUUACCAUCAUCUACGGAUACUUUGAAAUCGCCGCAAAGGAGGGCGACAUGUCCGGCCUCAAGGGCAUGGUCAUGGGUUGA